AUGUUUGAAAAAACCAUUGGAUUUGGAAGCGGUGUGAGAAGGAGGAAGGAACCAACUCAACUCAUUUCUUGGCUGAUGGAGUCUCGUCCUCACAUACACAGGCACUGGCACAGUGCUUACACGUACAGCAAAGCUUGCAAGUUGUUUGGGAUUCAGCAAAAUCCCCAAAUUAUUCGUGAUCUCGUUCUGUCUUAUGAGGCCGAAGGGUGUUUAAUCAAUGUCAACAUGUUCAGGGAGGUUCUGAAACUGUGCAAAGAAGCCCAACUAGCUGACGUGGCAUUGUGGGUGUUGAGGAAGAUGGAGCAGAGUUUCAACAUCGGUGCUGACACUGUGAUGUAUAAUGUGGUUAUUAGGCUAUGUUGCAAGAAUGACGACAUUGAAACGGUUGAGAAGUUGAUCGGGGAGAUGAGUUUGAACGGUCUUUACCCUGAUCUUAUUACGUACAUGGCAAUAGUGGAGGGAUUAUGUGAUGUGGGUCGCCCAGAGCAUGCUUAUUCUUUGCUUAAGGUUAUGAGAGUACAUAGAUGUUCAACCAAUUUGGUCCUUUUAUCAGCCAUUUUAAAUGGCUUGUGUAGGUUUGGAUCUAUGGAAAUGGCAUUGGAGUUGUUGGAUGAAAUGGAGAAAGGUAGGGAUUGCCGUCCAAAUGUUGUUAGUUAUACAUCUGUGAUUCAAAGUUUCUGUAAGAGAGGUCAGUGGACGAAAGCAUUGGAUAUUCUGGAUAGAAUGAAAGCUUCGGGGUGCCAUGCAAAUCAUGUUACUGUUUUUACUUUGGUUGAUAGCCUUUGUGUUGAGGGUCGUGUAGUAGAAGCUUACAAGUUGAUUGAUAAGUUUGUGGUGGAACAUGGUGUUUCUUAUGGUGAUUGUUGCAGUUCACUUGUGAUUUCAUUGAUAAGGAUUAAAAAGCUGGACGAAGCAAUGAAGCUCUUCAUGGAAAUGCUUUCUGGUGAUGCCAGACCUGAUACUUUGGCAUCUAGCCUUUUGCUAAAGGAGCUUUGUAUGAAGGACCGGGUAUUGGAUGGAUUCUACUUGCUUGAAGCAAUUGAGAACAAGGGAUGUUUGUCUGCCAUUGACUCUGAUAUUUAUUCUAUUCUUUUAUUUGGCCUUUGUCAAAGAAGCCACCUGACCGAGGCCACAAAGCUAGCCAAGAUAAUGCUUAAAAAAUCAGUUCCGCUGCAAUCUCCAUACAAAGAGGGUGCAAUCGAUGUCCUAAUAGAAUCUGGAGAAAAAGAUCUUGUGAAUCAUUUAACUGGCAUUCGUGCGGGACUUUGA